AUGGCGGCGGCACGGCUGCGGGUGGCCCUGUGGGUGCUGUGGCAUUUUGGGGUGGGCGGUCGCGCGUUGGAGCUGGCGGGACUGGAGGGCUCGCGGGGCCGCGCGGCGCGGUGCCAGCCCGUGGACAUCCCGAUGUGCCGGGGUAUCGGGUACAACCUGACCCGCAUGCCCAACCUGCUGGGGCACGAGAGCCAGCGUGAGGCCGCCCUGAAGCUGCACGAGUUCGCCCCGCUGGUGGAGUACGGCUGCCACGUUCACCUGCGCUUCUUCCUCUGCUCCCUCUAUGCACCCAUGUGUACCGAUCAGGUGAGCGCCAGCAUCCCUGCCUGCCGCCCCAUGUGUGAGCAGGCCCGCCACAAGUGCGUCCCCAUCAUGGAACAGUUCAAUUUCGGCUGGCCUGAGUCACUUGAUUGUGGCAGGUUGCCCACCAAGAAUGACCCAAAUGCCCUCUGCAUGGAGGCCCCUGAAAAUGCCUCAGCUGCUGAGCCACACAAGGGACAGGGGAUGCUGCCGGUGGCCCCCCGGCCCUGGCCACCUGGCACUGCUACUGAGGGACGGGGACCCAAUGGCCUGGGGGCUUGCAACAACCCUGAGAAGUUUCAGUAUGUGGAGAAGAGCCUCUCAUGUGCGCCAAAGUGCUCCCCCGGCGUGGACGUAUACUGGUCCCAGGAGGACAAGGACUUCGCCUUCAUCUGGAUGGCUGUCUGGUCUACCCUCUGCUUCGUCUCCACUGCCUUUACCGUCCUCACUUUUCUGCUCGACCCCCAUCGGUUCCAGUACCCUGAGAGGCCCAUCAUUUUCCUCUCUAUGUGCUACAACGUCUACUCUGUGGCCUUCAUCAUCCGCUCCGUGGCUGGGGCUGAGAACAUUGCCUGUGACCGGGAGAAUGGUGAGCUCUACAUCAUACAGGAGGGGCUGGAGAGCACAGGUUGCACCAUUGUCUUCCUCAUCCUCUACUAUUUCGGCAUGGCUAGCUCUCUCUGGUGGGUUGUCCUCACCCUCACCUGGUUCCUGGCUGCUGGGAAGAAGUGGGGCCAUGAGGCCAUUGAGGCUCACAGCAGCUACUUCCACAUGGCUGCCUGGGGCAUCCCAGCCAUGAAGACUAUUGUCAUCCUCACCAUGCGGAAGGUGGCAGGGGAUGAGCUCACAGGGCUGUGCUAUGUGGGGAGCAUGGACAUCAGCGCCCUGACCGGCUUUGUCCUCAUCCCCCUCUCCUGCUACCUGGUCAUUGGCACCUCCUUCAUCCUUACUGGCUUUGUUGCCCUCUUCCACAUCCGGAAGAUCAUGAAGACGGGUGGCACCAACACGGAGAAGCUGGAGAAGCUGAUGGUGAAGAUUGGGGUCUUCUCCAUCCUCUACACUGUCCCAGCCACCUGUGUCAUUGUCUGCUAUUUCUAUGAGCGGUUGAACAUGGAUUACUGGAUGCUGCGGGCAUUGGAGCACGGCUGCCUGCACCUGCCUGGCCGCCGUGCUGCUAACUGCUCCCUUGAGGCCUCGGUGCCCACUGUGGCUGUCUUCAUGCUGAAGAUUUUCAUGUCACUGGUGGUGGGCAUCACCAGCGGGGUGUGGGUGUGGAGCUCUAAAACGCUGCAGACCUGGCAGAGCCUGUGCAACAGGCGGCUGGGCAUGAGGACGCGGGGCAAGCCCUGCAGCGGGGUCAGCUGUGGUGGGGGACACUGCCACUACAAAGCUCCCACAGUCAUGCUGCACAUGACCAAGACGGACCCGUACCUGGACAACCCAACUCACGUAUAG